AAGCCCCUGAAAAGCACGAUUUGAUCUUUUACCUCAAACUUGGAAACUGUUCAGCGGGAGCAACGGUACGUGAGACCACACAGCUGGCUGGAGCCCCUCUAUGACCAAAGGACAGAAGGACAAACAAGAUGUAUUGUGAGAGGUUUAUAUGCAUCCUGAGAAUACUUGGAACCACACUCUUUGGAGUGUCCCUCCUGCUAGGAAUCACCGCUGCUUACAUUGUGGGCUACCAGUUCAUCCAAACAGACAACUACUACUUCUCUUUUGGACUCUAUGGUGCUAUCCUGGCAUCACAUCUCAUCAUCCAAAGCCUGUUUGCCUUUCUAGAGCACAGGAAAAUGAAGCGGUCGCUAGAGACUCCAAUCAAACUGAACAAAACAGUUGCCCUUUGUAUUGCUGCCUAUCAAGAGGAUCCUGACUACUUAAGAAAAUGUUUACUUUCUGUGAAAAGAUUGACCUACCCUGGAAUUAAAGUUGUUAUGGUCAUUGAUGGGAACUCAGAAGACGAUGUUUACAUGAUGGACAUUUUUACUGAAAUCAUGGGUAGGGACAAAUCUGCCACUUAUAUCUGGAGUAAUAACUUCCAUGACAAAGGUCCGGGUGAGACGGAGGAGUCUCACAGAGAAAGCAUGCAACAUGUAUCUCAGCUGGUCCUGUCCAACAAAAGUGUUUGCAUCAUGCAGAAAUGGGGUGGAAAAAGAGAAGUAAUGUACACAGCAUUCAAAGCGCUGGGGAGAAGCGUGGAUUAUGUACAGGUCUGUGAUUCAGAUACAAUGCUUGAUCCAGCCUCGUCAGUGGAAAUGGUAAAAGUUUUAGAGGAAGAUCCAAUGGUUGGAGGAGUUGGAGGUGAUGUGCAGAUUUUGAACAAAUAUGAUUCUUGGAUCUCCUUUCUGAGCAGUGUGAGAUACUGGAUGGCAUUUAACAUAGAAAGAGCCUGCCAGUCCUAUUUUGGCUGUGUGCAGUGCAUCAGUGGACCUCUGGGGAUGUACAGAAACUCUUUACUCCAUGAAUUCGUGGAAGACUGGUACAAUCAAGAAUUUAUGGGCUCCCAGUGCAGCUUUGGAGAUGACAGGCAUCUAACUAACAGAGUGCUAAGUUUGGGCUAUGCAACAAAAUACACAGCUAGAUCCAAGUGCCUUACCGAAACACCGAUAGAGUAUCUCAGAUGGCUGAAUCAGCAGACUCGCUGGAGUAAAUCCUACUUUAGAGAGUGGCUUUAUAAUGCAAUGUGGUUCCACAAGCACCAUUUGUGGAUGACCUAUGAAGCUGUAAUCACUGGAUUCUUUCCUUUCUUCCUUAUCGCCACGGUCAUUCAGCUCUUCUACAGGGGAAAAAUCUGGAACAUCCUCCUCUUCUUGUUGACAGUUCAGUUAGUGGGCCUGAUAAAGUCUUCCUUUGCCAGCUUCCUUAGGGGCAACAUUGUCAUGGUUUUCAUGUCACUCUACUCAGUGUUGUACAUGUCAAGUUUACUGCCAGCAAAGAUGUUUGCCAUUGCCACGAUAAACAAAGCAGGGUGGGGCACGUCAGGAAGAAAAACCAUUGUAGUUAAUUUCAUAGGACUCAUUCCAGUCUCCAUUUGGUUUACAAUCCUCCUAGGUGGCGUGAUUUUCACUAUCUACAAGGAAUCAAAAAAGCCAUUUUCUGAGUCGAAACAGACAGUUCUCAUCAUUGGCACAAUACUCUAUGCAUGUUACUGGGUUAUGCUUUUGACUUUGUACUUGGUUCUUAUCACCAAAUGUGGCAGGCGGAAGAAAGAGCAACACUAUGACAUGGUGCUAGACGUAUGAUGUUUCCAUGGGAAGUUACCCAGAGAGCUGUAA